AUGAGCAAGAACAACUACUCUUACAUUGAUACCGAUCCUCUCUUCAGAUCAAAGGAAAAGAUUCCUUCUGUCAUUACAGUCGCUCCUAUCCAAUCAAGCUUAAUGGUAGCUAGAGAAAUCAGAGACCUCAUCCUCAAAACCUAAAAGGAAGGAAUAAACUGUGUCUUAGGUUUAGCCACUGGUUCAACUCCUGUUGCUGUUUACAAGGAGUUAAUCCGUAUGCACAAGGAAGAAGGACUUUCUUUCAAGAAUGUCAUCACCUUCAACUUAGAUGAAUACUAUCCCAUCCCCAAGGAACACAACUAAAGUUACAACUUUUUCAUGAGAGAUAGAUUAUUCAACCAUAUCGAUAUCCCUGCUGAAAACAUCAAUAUCCCUGAUGGUACCAUCCCUAAGGAGUCAGUUUUGAAGUUCUGUGAAGAUUACGAAGCCAAGAUUGAAUCAGUUGGAGGUAUUGACUUCUAAUUGCUUGGUAUUGGUAGAACUGGCCACAUUGGUUUUAACGAACCUGGCUCAUCCCUCUUAUCUAAGACCAGAAUCAUCAACCUCGAUAAAAAAACUAGAAUGGACGCUGCUUCAGAUUUCAUGGGUUUACAACACGUACCAAAGUAUGCAAUCACAAUGGGUGUUUCUUCUGUCAUGAAAGCUAAGAAGAUUGCUAUCAUGGGUUUCUCUGAAACAAAGGCUCCUAUCAUUGCUAGCACCAUCGAAGGUCCUGUCACCAGCGAAUGCCCUGCUACCUUCUUACAAACUCACCCUAACUGUACUUUCUACAUGGAUUUAGCUGCUGCUGAAAAGCUCACUAGACACGUAGCUCCUUGGACAAUCAAGGGUGUUAACUCUGACCCUGAUAUGAUCUAUGACGAUUACUGGGCUAAGAAGGCCGUCAUCUGGCUCUCCCAAAAGGUCAACAAACCAAUCUUAAGUUUGAUCGAAAGUGAUUAUGAAGAUAAUGACUUACUCGAAUUAUUAAACUAAGUUGGCAACGGUCAUGCUGGUAAAGUUAACUUGUAAGUCUUCCGUCAACUCCAAAGCACAAUUACUGGCUGGCCCGCUGGUGGUCGCCCUGAUGAGUCUACAAAUGACUACUUCAACUAAAAGGCAAAGGUCAGCAAAAAGAUUCUCGUCUUCUCUCCUCAUCCUGAUGAUGAUGUCAUUUGCAUGGGAGGUACCAUGGAAAAGCUCGUUAACUAAGGUCACGAUGUUCAUGUUGCUUACCAAACUAGUGGUAACAUUGCCGUCUUUGACCACGAUGCUUCUCGUUUUAACGAUUUCUUUAGAGAAUUCUUAUUAAGCUUUGCACCUGGUAAAUACUAAGAACUUAUUGACCUUACUAACAGCAUCGAUGAUCAAAUCGACAACAGAAAGAUAGGUGAAUAUGAUACUUUAGACAACCUCAAAGUUAAGGGUUUAAUCCGUAGAGUCGAAGCUCGUUCUGCAGCUAUCUCUACUGGUGUUAAGAAGCAAAACAUCUAUUCUCUUGACUUACCUUUCUAUGAAACUGGAACAAUUAAAAAAGAUCCUAUGGGUCCAAAGGAUGUUAAGAUUGUUAAAGAAUUAAUCACUAGAGUACAACCUGAGCUUAUUUAUGCUGCUGGUGAUUUAACUGAUCCCCACGGUACUCACAGAGUUUGCCUCUAAAUCAUCUUAGCUGCUUUGGAUGAAUUAAAUGCUGAAAACCACCCUAUCAUGGAAAAGCUUUAAGUUCUCCUCUACAGAGGUGCUUGGUAAGAAUGGGAAAUCGAAAAUAUCCACAUCUCUUGCCCCUUAAGUCCCGAAGAAAUGGAAAGAAAGAAAUUCGCCAUCUUCCGCCAUUAAUCCCAAAAGGAUAGUGCUAUGUUCCCUGGUGCAGACAAGAGAGAAUUCUGGCAAAGAGCUCAAGACAGAAACAUCAAAACUGCCAAUCUUUACAGAUCUUUAGGUCUUACCUACUUUGAAGGUUUAGAAUGCUUCGUUUCUCUUGAAUGGUUAAAGACUCAAAUGAAGAUUUGA